CCUCUGAUCCGAACUCCACAUCCACCUGUCCACCUCCGAUCCAAACUCCGCAUCCACCUGUCCGCCUCCGAUCUGAACUCCACAUCCACCUGUAUACCUCCGAUCCGAACUCCACAUCCACCUGUCGGUUGCACGUUCAAGCGUCGACCCAUCCUCCCCAUCACAGGUACCAAGGAUCCACGUGUUUUCCUUUAUAAUGCAAUCAGUGUUUUAAUGCGUAGACCAGGAACCUUUUGAAUAAGAGACAUCCGUUUGGAAACGGUCUUAUUCUUUUCUGUGGAAAUAUGAAGACAAAGACAAGAGCAGCCAGGAGAAGACUGGAAGUCGAACAAGAUGAAGAAAGCCACAGCCAACAAACCUCAAGUGAGGAGGACUCUGUCAAGAGUCCAGCUUAUCGGGAAAAUAGGAAAAACCCAGAACAUAUUAAAAGCAAAAAGAAAAGAUACUCAUCUAACGGGAAGGAACAUACCAUUCGAAGGCUGGAGAGUAACGAACGAGAGAGACAGAGGAUGCACAAACUAAACAAUGCCUUCCAAGCCCUUCGAGAAGUCAUCCCGCAUGUCAGAGCGGAGAAGAAAUUGUCCAAAAUCGAGACACUUACACUAGCAAAAAAUUAUAUAAAUACUUUAACUGCCACCAUCCUAAACAUGAGCAGUGGAUGUCUGCCCCCCGUGCAGGAACCUGCCUCGGAUAUCGGGGGGAAGCUCUACCAACAUUACCAGCAGCAGCACGGAGACGAGGACAAUGAAGAACAUUUGGAGAAGUACUCCACGCAAAUUCACAGCUUCAGACAAGGGAGCUGAUGUGAAAUGUGUCGGAAACAUUAUAAACUAUUCAUCUGGCCCGAUUGCCAGAAAACAGACACCUCUAUUUUGCUAUAUUCAUUUGUACGUAAAAUACCCCUGAUAGGCAGCAUUGGUGGCACCUUAAAUUACUCUUAGAUAGCAGGCAGGUUUUGUGAAAUCCAAAAA